CCCGAGCAGCUUCGCGCGCGCCUCUGGGGACUCCCAGGCGGCGCGGAGCAUUGUGGGGUGGCGGCGACGGCGGCGGGGCUGGGCUGGGUCGCGUUGCGUUUGGAGGGCAGGGGCCAUGGCUUCCUGGGCUGCUCUUUCGCCCAGCAUCGUGGAGUAUUUCGAGGGCGAGGACUCCUACCGCUGCGGCUAUUGCAAGAAUGAGUCGGGCAGUCGCUCCAAUGGCAUGUGGGCACAUUCAAUGACAGUACAGGAUUAUCAGGAUCUUAUAGAUCGAGGAUGGCGAAGAAGCGGGAAAUAUGUGUACAAGCCUGUCAUGAAUCAAACAUGUUGCCCUCAGUACACGAUAAGGUGCCGACCUUUACAGUUUCAGCCGUCAAAAUCUCACAAGAAGGUUUUGAAAAAAAUGUUGAAAUUUCUGGCUAAAGGGGAAAUUUCCAAAGGAAAUUGUGAGGAUGAGCCCAUGGAGCCCACCAUGGAGGAGACUGUUGCGGGUGACUUUGCGUUAAUAAAUAAAUUGGAUAUACAGUGUGACCUUAAAACACUCAGUGAUGACCUCAAAGAGAGCUUUGAGAGUGAAGAAAAGAAGAAAGGAAAAAGCCCAAAGAAAGAAGAAUCUAAGGGAUUAAUUCAGUCACAACAUAUAGAGGAGAAGUUGGGCUCUGGUGAGCCAUCCCAUACAAUUAAAAUGCACAUGGCUCCUAAGCCAGGCAAAGGGGCAGAUUUGAGUAAGCCUCCGUGCCGGAAAGCAAAGGAAAUCCGGAAAGAAAGGAAAAGGUUAAAACUCAUGCAGCAGAACCCAGCUGGAGAACUUGAGGGUUUCCAGGCUCACGGUGAACCACCAUCUUUGUUCCCACCAAAGGCUAAUAAAUCCAACCAGCCCAAAUCACUUGAAGAUUUAAUUUUUGAAUCUUUACCAGAGAAUGCAUCACACAAGUUAGAGGUGAGGUUAGUACCUGUCUCCUUUGAGGACCCAGAGUUCAAGUCGUCCUUCAGCCAGUCAUUUUCUUUAUAUGUCAAGUAUCAAAUGGCCAUCCACCAGGAUCCGCCUGAUGAAUGUGGGAAGACUGAGUUCACAAGGUUCCUUUGCAGCUCACCUCUGGAGGCUGAGAAUCCCCCUCAUGGACCAGAUUGUGGUUAUGGCUCCUUUCACCAGCAGUAUUGGCUUGAUGGAAGAAUCAUUGCUGUGGGGGUGAUUGACAUCCUUCCAUACUGUGUCUCGUCUGUAUAUUUGUACUAUGAUCCUGAUUAUUCAUUCCUGUCUUUGGGUGUCUACUCUGCAUUACGAGAAAUUGGUUUUACUAGGCAACUUCAUCAGAAAACAUCUCAACUCAGCUAUUAUUAUAUGGGUUUCUACAUUCAUUCAUGUCCCAAGAUGAAAUAUAAGGGUCAGUAUAGACCUUCUGAUUUGUUGUGUCCUGAGACGUAUGUUUGGGUGCCCAUUGAGCAGUGCCUGUCUUCGCUUGAUAACUCCAAGUACUGCCGUUUCAACCAGGACCCAGAAGCAGUGGAUGAAGGUCGCAGUAAGGAGCCUGACCGUUUGCAGGUGUUCCACAAGAAAGCCAUAAUGCCUUACGGCAUUUAUAAGAAACAGCAGAAGGACCCGAGAGAGGAGGCGGCCGUGCUGCAGUACGCGGGGCUGGUGGGGCAGGCGUGCUCCGAGCGGAUGCUGCUGCUGCGGAACUGAGGCCAUCUGUACCGCCACCCCCCCGCCCGCGCCCCCUCACCCCUUCACCCCCCGCGCCCCAGGGAGGCUCCCGGCCUGCCCACAGAUGAGGCGUUUUUUAUUUUGACUCUUCUGUGGCUUUUCUAGAAUAUUUUGUGGCAAUGUAUUUGUGAGACUCUCCUGGUUAAUAUAAAGAUUUUAAAAAUAGGUUGUGACCUAGCCUCCUCAUGGGUAUCAUUUUGGAAGUUUGUUUUAUGAACAAGCUACGGUAUGAACUUGUGUUAAUAUUUUGGAAAGUAAAAUGAAUAAGUGGAUCUUAAGUCAUUUAAAUCACCAUCGUGCUUUUUUUGUCAAAGAAAUUACAGCAGACUUUUCUCAGAUCCAUUUAAGACAUUAGUUUAUGCUCCAAGACUGGAAGGCUGGGGGAGAAGGUGGGGAGUCGGUUUUCUCUCUUGGAAAACGUCUUCUCAAGAGAACGGAACUGUUUUUCCUCAUUGUUCAAUAUUACUGCCGAAUGUUACGUAGUUAAUAGAAAACUCAGAGAAAGAAAAUACAAACCUUAAAGAAAGGACGUCAUGUGGACGUCAGAUGUUCGUUUACCCAGGACAGCCUCCGUCAUAUCUGUUGUCUGGGCAUGCUUUUUUUCCCAGAAUAAUUAUUACUCUCAAAUAAUCUUACUCUCAAAAGUAUCCCAGUUGGACAACAAAAUAUGUGAUUACCCUAGUUGUAUAUAUUAUUUGCUCUGUUUCUAAAAAUCUCAGAAAUGGAGGUUUUUGUAGGUUUUGUUUGGGUUUUUGGUUUUUUGGUUUUGUUUUUUAGAAAAAUGUUGGCUCCUGCCUUGACCUAAGACCCAUCAGAAGUAACUAUACACUAAAUUUUUCGCUCCUUAGAACUCAGGACACUUGUCUUUGGUUAUUGAUUAAAAAUUAGUUAAUAUCUGACUACUUUUAUAGCUGUGGUACAAAUCACGUUUAAUGAAGCGUAGGAAUCAUUUUGACCUCUGUUCAGGGCAAGAGGUGGAGCAGUCCGUUUCUUGCUCUUUGAUUUGGGAGUCAGCACAUGCUAGCUCCUUGUCUUCUCGCUUUGUUUUGGCCCCUCACCCAGGCACCAAAUGUCCCUUGUCCACCCCCAUCAAGGUGGCGGGCCCUGUGCUGGGAGGAAGGAGACUGAGCGUAUUGGUUCACAGAACGGAGCUGUGUUGGAGACAGUAAUGACAGAGGAGGGUUAGUUUCCUGUGUCCUUUCUCAGCUGACCCCCAUCUUCUGUGUCAGCAGCUUGGCCACAGAGUUCAUUCCAUUGCCCAUUUUGCCUGUUUUCUAUUGAUCUUUUUUAAAAACCAUAUUAUAAAACGUAGUACUUUGCAACCCAGCAGUGGUUUUAAACUUUUCUUCUAAAGGCACUGAAUUUGGAAAAGACAUUAGAAAAUAAUUUCAGUUAGCUAAAAGAGGGAUCAUAAAACAGUGAUUUUAAAAAUCACAUGUCUAGAAAUUCAACAUCCAAAUGAACUGUGUAUUCAUUCAUUCAGACAGGGUGUGUGUGUGGUCUGUGUGUGUAACACCUGCCAGAUGCAGGUAUUUUGCCAACUGAGGAUAGAGGAGUGAGGAAAGCCAUUUUCUCUGAUCGUGUGGAUUUUGCAUUCUUCUGGGAUUUUGUUCUUCAAAAUAGCCUCCCAAGAGUAUUUGAUAGGCUCUUGUUUGGAACUGCCUUCAGAACCUACAGAACUUUUUUUUCUUUUUCCCUCUAAAAUGAAGAUAGCUUAAUGUUCUUAGGUUUAUAAGAUCGUACUCACUGUAAGCAAUUCAAACAUUAAUAAAACUAUAAAUAUAAUCUGAAAUUCUGCCAUACCAGAGAAAGAGAGAACUGUUAUAUAUCUAUACACAUACAUACAUAAUUUGAAUAUAAAUAGAAUUAUGCUCUAUACACUGUUUUGUGGACAUGCCUGAAUUUUGAAAGAAGUUUCAAAGUAGGACUUCAGAAGUGUUGUGAGUAAUCUGAGUACUAGGAAAGUCAGUGGGAUAGGGUCGAAUCUUGGUACCUUUGGUGUUGGAAUGUUCACGUUGCUACCAGCUGCAUUACACCCACUCUUAUGUCCUUGAUUGGUGGGUAGAACAGGAGCCCUGAAGAUCACAACUCUUGAGUAUCCCAUGAAGGGAAAACCUGACUCUUACAUCGUACCACGACUCUGGUUUCCUCCUGCAGAAUUCAGUUAGGGUUCCUUCAGAGGAAAGUGAUCAAUCACAUCCUUGUCUGGGAACCAGGGUGCUGCCCCUGAGGGCGUCAUUCAAGGUUGACUGCAGUGAACCACCAGAGAGAACUGGGCAUGAAGAUUCUUCUGCUUGGUUGCUGGAUUCAUGUGCUGUUCUUUUGGGAAUAGAUAGUGUAUUGAUCCUAAUGAGUUAAUUAUUUGUUCUUUUACGCCCUGGCUGAGUAUUAAUAGCGUGCUAGAAAAGGACAGCAAGGCAAGUGACCUGGCUUUGCCAGUCGAUGUAAAGUCUAGCUGAGAAAUCUGGUUUUAUGUUCAUGGCUUUCAUCCAAAGAAAGACACUUGACAACCUUUCAAAGACAGUUUCUAUCUUUUCAAGGCUGGAAGCUGCGCAUUUACCCUCUUAGAGUUGUAGUUCCCUCUGGGAUGCAGGGAAAUUCACACCUGCCUCCUCGUCUCAGGAGCAGAAAUGUAAUUGAGGUUUUCCACACUGCCGUCUUUAUUUAAAUUCUUCCAGUUCUGUGAGAUUUUUUUUGUUAUUUUUUAAAAAUGUAAUCUGAGCACUUUUUUUAUUAUUCUAUAAAAGAGGCUAUUACCAAAUGAAUAUAUUAUUCAUUUGAUUAAAAAUUAUUUAGAUAAGAAAUUAUUACUGUUUAUCUUUGCUUUCAGACAACGUAUCCUAUUUUUUAUCCAUUUUGCAAAAUACCUCUUGUGUGUGGUUUCUUAACAUAGCAGAAUCUAUUAUGUAAAUGAACCUUUUCAGAUAUCUGAGCAGUAUGUGGCUUGAUUUUAUAGGCUUUAUACUAUUUCAGUGUGAAUAAAAAUGAGAAGGAAUAUGAUGAACAGUUAUCUAGAAUGUGUUGGUGGUUGCUAACUUUAAAGAAAAGAAGGAAGUGAAAUGGAAACAUAAUGUUUGAUUUAGAAGUUAUUCAAAUGUGUAUUCUUUUCCAAAAGAAAACCAGUGACUGUAAAGCAAAACAAGUCAGAUUGCAUGUGAUUUUUUUUGCUCUCGUGUAUGCCUUUUGAACAGUCCAUUUGAUAAAUCUUGAAUGGAAAAAAAAAAUAAAGCUGUUUCUGUCUGCUGUGGCUCUUGCUGGUCAAUACUUAGAAGACAUAUGUUUCCUUACUUUUCGUUUUUUUUUACAACAUUUUACCUGUGGUAGAAUAUGCAGAAAACAGAGGUAAAACAAUGGCUAUAUGAAUCAUAAUAUCUCAUUUACAGUAAUUAUGGGAAUUCCAGAUCAUUUGGUUACCUAAAUCAAAGCAUGGUGGAUUCCUUUCUCAGGAACAAGUAAAAAUAAAAUAAAUCUCACUUUAAGCAAAACAUCUGGAUUUCACAUGAGAAAUUAGGAAAUAGACAUUCUUUUACCCACUGGGAUUAGGCAUGGGACUUAGGUAGCAAACUCAAAUAUAAUUUCUCUUAAAAAGCUUAGUUUACAGAGAAAUUCUCAUAAAUAUAAAGCAAAGUAUAACCAUUCAUAAUAGUACACUGUGUAUUUAUGGAAUAUGUUUACAAGCAUUUUGUGGGGUUUUUUUUUUAUACUAAAGAGGACCCUAGUAGGUUUAGGAUAAAAUGAAUCCUAUUUUCCAAGUGAUUUAAAUAUUGGUUAUAAUUUCCGCUGACAUUUUUUUUUU